CAAGCUGUCUUUGAUUUUCCACAACCUCGCUGGUGUUGUUAUGUUGAUUUAGUAACUCUCGUUAGCCCGCUGAAGCGCAGGCCACAUAUCGUUAGCUUGUUUGGGCUAGUUAGCGCGUUAGCCGUGUGUUCACUCAUUUCUACUGCUUAGUUGGCAACUCAGUGGCUAACUGACAACAUUAGCUCUUCAGCACUCGAGGAUUCACAAUAAGGUCUCUUCUUCGCUGUCUUUACCUUCAUUUAAUGUACUUUUACAAAGGGAACACGGUGUACCAAAAUAUGCUCGGAGUUCAUCUUAGUAACUUAAGUUUCUUUCUCAUACUUUGGUGGCGAGCAGAAAUAGGCUAGCAGGCACAUAUGUUUAGUUUAUUUUCGCAAGUUAUCCUUUUAGAUGUCUUUUCGAAACAAAUGUUUGACCGAGUACAGUGUUUUCAUUUAUUAAUCGUAAGAAGAAUCGGUCAUAUUUAAGACAAGCUGCUGAAUCUAGAGGGAGGGCCACUGUGCAGGCCUGGUAUCACAUUUGUUGGCAUUGUAAAACAGUUUUGUUGUCGAUGCAUGUAGAUCAGGCCUGAUCCGACAUGAGACGAUGGAUUAUAGUCUUAGCUGGAUGGUUGACUUUAUAGAUUUGAUAACGUUUAAUCAUAGUUUGUGAUACUGAUACCUUGUAUUUGGAAGUGGAAUCAAUGCUACAAAUCCACAGGAAGAAAGUAAAAACAUUGUUUUUUUUUUUGACUGAUCAAAUUUUGUGCAUUACAGCAAAAUAGCUUCAUGUAAAAACACCAGUUUUCUUUUUUUGUCAUAAGAUGUAACGUCAAUUAUCUAUCUAUCUAUCUGUCUAUCUAUCUAUCUGUCUGUCUGUCUGUUUUAAUAUUAAGAAUAAGCUUACAGGGUAUGAAUGUUUUUAAGUUUCGUUUUAAGGGACAUUCUCUGUUAAAAAUUCUAUUUAAUUUUAUUUGUAUAGCGCUUUUCACAAUACAUAUUUGUUUAAAACAGCUUCGCUGAAAGUGUAAUAAUGUCAUGGUUUACAAUUAUAAAAUAAUAAUCGUAAUAAUAGUAAUCUGUUGUUGGUCAGAGAUGAGUGUGUUGGAGUAAUAUCCAUAUGGCAGUAGCAUACACCUAUAAGAUUACAGGUUAUGUGGCUAGUUUUGAAUGUCUAUCAAAGGAAAAAAAAACCCAUGGACGGCAUCAUCUGUAACAUCUGCCGAGGUGUCUCUCACCGCUAACAAUAUAACCGAGACACUCGGGUCCAAGAUGACUCCGGCUUGUCUUCACACGACCUCAGUCCUUGUCUCGAGCUCCUGAGGGAUGUAUUUUUAGAGCUGGAAGUCAGAAACGCUAGAUAACAUUUCCUGUAGGGAGACGGUCUCUGGUUUCGUGUCCCUCAAACGUUCGGACUCUAAAUUGCGUGUUUCACAAAAACGGUGAUGGUGCAGUGCUGAUGUUUUCUCUCUGCGCUUUUUAUUGUAUGUGCUCUGUUUUAUCUGAGGUCUUGCAAGAGAUUGAGGCUUUGAAACAAAGCAAACGGUGUUUAAGUGUGUUUUGUAUACGGUUAUGUAUAAAUGUUGUAGGUAAUUCGUUGUCUUACCAUAGAGUGUUAAAGGGAUAGUUUACCCAAAAAUGAAAAUUACUCUGAUUUACUCACCCUCAGGCCAUCCUAGGUGUAUAUGACUUUCUUCUUUCAGAUGAGUACAAUCAGAGUUUCAUUUAAAUUGUUCUGUCUCUUCCAAUCUUUAUAAUGGUAGUGAAUGGGUGUUGAGAUUUUGAAGCCAGUCUCAAAGGAAAACCAGUCUCCUCUUGGCUUAUAUCAAAAUCCUCCAACAUUUUUCUGUACAAGUCCUCGUUUUGUACUUCUGAUUACUGACCUCUGUGCUUCUGUGUUCAUCACUACAUUCGCCUACGCCUUACAUCACCCACUGGAACGCCACUCUCUUGUGGACGACAGUUAGCAGAAGCUAGAAAUUACAGUUCAUAAAGUUGUAAAAUGUAUAUUUUUCUUACACAAAAGCAUAUAUUCACUUAAGAAAACCUUUAUUAACUCCUGGAGCCGUGUGGAGUACUUUUUAUGAUGUAUGGACAGUUUUUUGGGCUUCAAAAUCUUAAACCCCAUUAACUGACAUUAAAAAGGUUGGAAGAUUCAGCUUGUUUUUAAAUAUAAUUUAAAUCGAUUGUGUCCCUCUGAGAAAAAAAAAAACGUCAUACACCUAGGAUCGUUUAAGAGUAACUCAUGGGGUAAUUUUCAUUUUUGUUUGAAUCGUCCCUUUGAAAGCUGCUGUGGUAGUAACAUAAACGUAACGUAAAGUUGUAAUUGGUAGCACAAGAAAGCUUUCUUCUUUAGCCCUGAGAUAAAAAAAAAAAAACAUUUUAGGUUAUUUUUAGGGGUUUCUUUCAAUAUAUUUCUGUUUAAGAGUUGUUAAAGUGUCUUUUAAAUCAUUAAUAUAUUAAUGGGAUAGUUAACUUGGGAAUGAUAUUUCCUUACAAACCUGUAUGACUUAUUUUUUAUUACUGUGUAACAAGAUAUUUUGAGAAAUGUGUCAGUUUUUUGUCCAUACAGUGGAAGUCAGUAGUUACAGAAUCACACAGGUCAUACAGCUUUGGAACAACAUGAGGGUGACUAAUAGUCCAAGAUAUUCUAAAGUGCUAAGCUGCUGAUGUGCCGCCAGUUUCCCCUCGACGCAAACUUUGAUAUGCUCUGCGUUCAUACUUGGGCUCAAGGAAUGCCUGGCACAUUACUGCAGAACCACCUGGAGGGGUCGCAAAGGAUGGAAACCGAUGCCGGACACCGCCUCACUUUUACCAGCUAGGGUCGUGAGCGUCUGUCCUUCUCCCAAGGAGCGUGCUCCUCUAUGGUUGGAUUUAAGGAAGAUUUCCAUAUGAUGUCUUCGGCCUAAAUCGUAUCGCCCUUGGAUUGUCUCCUAUACCUUCCCCAUCUAUAAAAGCAGUUAAUGUCUAGUUUAACCUGCAUGUGUAGAGGUGUGUUGUGGAUAAGCCAUUCCCUCCACUCUCUUUCUCUUUAAAUUCCUCUCCUCCAUCCCAUUCCCCGUGCCCCUGUUGUUAGUUGUUUUGGUGGCUCUGUGAUUUUAUGGCAGUGGAGUAAUCGUGGAGAGGCCGGGGUAUCACAAGCUUAUGGAUUUUGAUAAGAGAGGAGGAGGAGGAGGUGGAAAAGGAGAGGCGGAGGAAGGAAAGAGAAUGUCUAAGACUGGUGGGAGCAGGACAGGGCAUGGGGGUGGCCGAGGGUCUGGGACCACCUCGGGGGUGCUUAUGGUUGGCCCUAACUUCCGAGUGGGAAAGAAGAUCGGCUGCGGGAACUUCGGCGAGCUUCGACUCGGGAAAAAUCUUUACACCAAUGAAUAUGUGGCCAUUAAACUGGAGCCAAUCAAAUCCAGAGCACCCCAGCUCCAUCUCGAAUACAGGUUUUACAAACAGUUGGGGAACUCAGAGGGUGUUCCUCAGGUGUACUACUUUGGGCCUUGUGGGAAAUACAAUGCCAUGGUGCUGGAGCUGCUCGGCCCCAGUCUGGAGGACCUGUUUGACCUCUGCGAUAGAACCUUUUCUCUCAAGACCGUCCUGAUGAUCGCAAUCCAGCUGAUCACACGGAUGGAGUAUGUGCACACAAGAAGUCUGAUCUACAGGGACGUUAAGCCCGAGAACUUUUUAGUGGGCCGGCCAGGGACCAAGAGGCAACAUACGAUCCACAUCAUCGACUUUGGGCUUGCCAAAGAAUACAUUGACCCUGAGACCAAAAAACACAUCCCUUACAGGGAGCACAAGAGCUUAACGGGGACAGCUCGCUACAUGAGCAUCAACACACACCUGGGGAAGGAGCAAAGCAGGCGGGACGACUUGGAGGCGCUGGGUCAUAUGUUUAUGUACUUUCUACGAGGCAGUCUGCCCUGGCAAGGUUUAAAGGCUGACACACUGAAGGAGCGCUAUCAGAAAAUUGGAGAUACCAAACGGGCAACCCCUAUAGAAGUGCUGUGUGAGAGUUUCCCUGAAGAAAUGGCCACCUACCUGCGCUACGUGCGGAGACUGGAUUUCUUUGAAAGACCGGAUUACGAGUACUUGAGAAAACUCUUUACAGACCUCUUUGACAGAAAUGGUUAUGUCUUUGACUAUGAAUAUGACUGGGUCGGAAAGCCGCUGCCGACUCCAAUAGGACCUAUGCCUAGUGACACACCUCUGCAGCCCAGCAGCAGAGACAAAGCACAACCACAGACCAAAAACCAGUCUCCAGAACCUAAAGGAAGUGAGUCCCAGCCCACUCCUGUGACCAACAGGGAGCUUCUGGGGUCGCACCUCACGGCCGAUAGGCUGGGGGGCUCUGUCCAGGUUAUGAGCUCAACCAACGGAGAAGUGAAUACAGACGAUCCCACGGCGGGACACUCCAACGCUCCCAUAACUGCCCCUGCUGAGGUAGAGGUGGCUGAUGAUACAAAGUGCUGCUGUUUCUUCAAGAGGAGGAAGAGGAAAGCGCUCCAGCGGCACAAGUGAGGAGGAACAUCUUUGAAACGUUAAGAGUCACUGGUGCAUUUAAAGUAAAAAAUAAAAGCAAAGGACUCGAGCUGAAACGUGGAGCUCCACCUCAGAACAGAAACUCACUGCCUCACUUUUGGCAUCUGCUCAGAGAGGACACACACCUCAGUACUCUGGGCUCUGACACUCUUUGUAAGGAAACAAUUCAGUGGAACAAAUAAAUAUAUUUGUACAAUGUGGGACACCAGAAGAGACUUCAACGGUCAGAAAUAAGAUGAUAUAUGUUAUGUGAGUUAAACCCAGAUGGACUGUUUAAACUUGUAUUUUAGAUGACAUGCAAAACGAUUAUUUGAGAACUAAAAGGCAACCAGAUUCACACUUACACACAGACAUCCGUUCAGUUUCACACUGGCUGGAUGAGUGAGUGACGUGCUCCAUGGUGUUUCUGUUUUUUAUGGGAUCAAAAGAAGCGGGGAAAGACUGCUGACUGACGUAUAGAGAGAAGUACACCGGUUUCAGACGACCUAUGUAAAUUGUCUUUCCUUUUUGUUUUUGUAAUUUAAAAAUCUGCUCUCCCAGUUUUACUCAUGUUGUAGAAUGUGUGAACUUUUUUUUUUUUUUUUUUUUUUUUUUUUUUAACCGCUCUUAGUGUUUAUUUUCUCUUCUUUUGUUUUUUUACUUCCUUUUUUUUCCUGUCGAUGUGGAUGAUGUUGUAGCACAGUGGCUGGUCUCAGGUACUGUGGGAGACGGAGAGAAUGCGUUGGAUCUCUCCUCUGUGAAUUGCACUUUUGAGGGGAAAAGCUAACCGUUUGGCAUUUAACAGGAAGCAAGAAAUAAAGGCAGACGUGGGAUCAUUGAUACAGCAGGCUGGUCUCUCCAAAAGGGACAAAAGUGAUUCUCUCAGUCAAAAUUGUGCUUUUUUUUGUAUUUCGCAUUAGAUUAAGUUACCUGGGAAUCAUAGUUUGUGCCUUUCCAAGUAAAACAUUUAACACUAAUGUGUCCCUCUCUACGAUUCCUAUCCAGGUGAGGUGUCCACGGCCCUCUCAGAUUGUUUGUUCUCUACCGUGCGCUCCGUCCCAGUCGAACGGAGCCUGUUGGCAUUUCUCAGAUUUCUUUUUCACUGUUGUAAAGUGCAUCAUAGCAAAGCUCCAUGAAGACGUUGAGUCUGUGGGUUGCCUAUCAGAAUGAGGAUGUGUAUUGAUUUACAUACCUAUUAAAUGUUGCUUUUCUUCUAUGCCUCAUAAGAUGUUACAUGUUGUUUGUGUGCAUAAUCAUGGUAAAUUCUGGUGGUUGUUCCAGCAAGAGUUAUUUCAGUACAGUUCGCAUUAUGUGACCAUAGAAGCAGUUGCUGUUAUUCACCAGGAUGUGGUGCCAUAGAUCACAUUUGGAGCUGCAAAGCAAUUGACUUAACUUUUAUUGCACAUGAUAGUAAGUGUCACACGCUUGUAGUUUAUUUUACAGUGACAGAAGACAAGUUUACACUUCCAAAUGACUUUUCCCACAGUUUCUCAGAUACAGCUGAGCCAACCAAUUAUGACAUCAUGUGAUUGUUCAGUCAUUCAUUUUUUUUUUUUUUUU